CUUUUAGACCGUCAGCUCGCUACUUUUAGCGAUUUGUACCUGGCAACCCUGGCGUGAGGCGCGGCGGCCACCACGUGAAGCUGCGACUCUCACCUCCUCUACACCUCGCCACUAUGAGGUCAUUCAUCCCAAACUUUGAGGAUCCCCCUGAAUCCGAUGAUUCAAGUGACGAGGUUCCUCCCGGGGGUGUUUUCCAGAUGGUGAGUUUGGAGGAUGAGAAUGAUGAAACAAGUGAAGAGGACAAUAAUGCCACACUAGACUGUAAUGCAGACAGUCCUGGCAGUAAAGCGGAUGAAGAUAAUGAGGAUGAUAACAUGAGUGAGGCGGAGUUAAGUGGUAGCGAUGAGGUGGAUACGGACAGUUCUUCGAGCUCGGAAGCAGAAGCGACCAUGGAGGAAAUAUUUGGGAUUAAACCCUCAAUAGAAGCACAGCGAGACCAUCCUCCUGAUCUAGAAGCUGAUUCAGGAAUUGUGGAUAUAUGUUUUCAUCCGUGCAGUGAAUUACUGUCGGCUGCAACCAUGGAUGGAGAGGUCAUGAUAUAUCGUUAUAGUCAAGAGACUGUUGAAGAAGUAACUAGGUUUUCACAUCACAAGAAGGCUUGUCGGGCAGUUUGUUAUAACGAAGAUGGCUCUGUUCUCUAUACCAUCAGUAAAGACAAGUCUAUGGCCAUUAUUGACACCCAAAAUUCUGCUGUCAAACAACACAUAAAAGAUGCCCACGAAUCACCUAUAUUUAGCUUUUUGCCAAUAGAUGAAUUUUUGUGUGCAACCGGUGAUGAUGACGGCACAGUAAAGAUCUGGGAUUUAAGAAAGAAAAAAUCUAUAUUUGAUUUUAAAUGUGGUGAACAGACAGUGACAUCUCUUAUUGUAGAUGAGAAGAAGAAGACCCUGGUUGCAUCAGUGAAUGAUGGAUCAAUUGCAGGAUUCAACAUCAGGGGAAAGCAGUUGGAGAUGCAGUCAGAGUUGUAUGGCAGUGAGAUGACAUCUCUUGCCUUGGUACGAAACGACACACGUUUGAUUGUAGGCUCUGGGGAAGGAACACUUUUCAUUUUUAAGUGGGGCGAGUUUGGCUUCCACAUUGACCGCUUUGCUGGUCAUCCUGACCAGAUCCACUGCAUUGUUCCGAUCACAGAUCGUAUGAUGCUAACAGGCUGUGAAGAUGGCAAUAUCAGGGCUGUACAUUUGUAUGCUCAUCGCUUUGUAGGCAUAGUGGGGCAACACAAGGACUUUGGAGUGGAAAAUAUGUCUGUGUCCCAUGAUGGGUCUCUUCUCGCCUCGUGUUCCAUGGAUGAGGUUGUGCGCUUUUGGAACAUUGAAUAUCUCUAUAAUACUGAAGUAGAUGAUCGGAAAAAGGGCAGCAAAAAACGAAACAGAGGGUAUAAUCUAGAGUCAUCAAAACGGCGCAACAAGCAUGAAUUUUUCUCAGAUUUCCCAGAACUUGCUGGAUCUGAUGAUGAAGGUGGACCAGUUGCUGGUCCUAGCCAUACAAUGGACUGAAUAGGUAGCCUCGGAACGUUACUCUAAGUUUUCUGUGUUUUUCUUGUUUGAUGAUUUCUUUACUGUCAUACUUUUUUGUUAAUAUAUAUAUAUGACACUUUUAUUUUCCUAGUACCCUGUAUAACUAACUAGAUCUUCUUUACAGUAUAUUGUUCUUAUAAUUUUCUUUAACUCUUCAAGGAAACUAAAAAAUGUUUGUUAUUAGAAUAAAUAACCUUCCUUUUUUCUACAAGAAGGAAAAUGUAAUGUAUUGACUGGUUUUAUGUUGAACUCAAUUUCUUAGGAUUUUUUAGUAUGACAUUCAUUAAAAAAUUGCUAAAUUUGUGUAUGUACAUAAAUUAAAUUAUAUAUUUAUUAGCAUUGAUGCUUUAUAUUUCUUGAUGUUUAGAUUAAUUGAAAAUUUAAUUGAGGUGCCUGACUGAAAGACUGAAUGUGGACAAAGGAAAAGUUGUAGCGGUGGAGAGAGAGAAUUGUGUAUGAAGCCCUGGAAGUGGUCAGUCAUUUUAAACAUUUAGUAUGUGACAAAGUAGUAAUUUGUCCUUUUGUUGGGUUAAGAAAAGUGGCUAGUGUAGUGAAAGGUUUGGUUAGAGAAAACAAGAUUGAUACAGUCAAAGGGCUGUAUGAAGGAAUGACAGUUCCAAUUUGUGUAUGGAAGUGUUAGGAGUAUUGGUAGAUUAAGAAAUGAAAUGUCACAGAGAGAUGUGGAGUGCAAAGGUUAACAAACCAAAAUACUUAGUAAGCAUACUGAGAUGGUUUGAACAUGUUGAAUGAAUGGAUGAGAGUUGAUGGGGUAAGAAUGUACAAUUAAAGUUGAGAGUACAUAAGAACAAAGGUAACUGCAGAAGGCAUAUUGGCCCAUACGAGGCAGCUCCUAUCUAGAACCAAGUAGGUGGAGAGAGAGGCUGGGUGGACAUAGUGAAUGUUUGUGUGUGUGUGUAGUAUAUGGUAAGUGGACAAACUGGAUAGAUGCAAUCUAUAAGGCAGGAGUGAAUGUGUCUGUCUAUACUGUAUGUGAUGAGUCCUGAGGAGUAAUGUAUGUCUUAUAAAGCAGUGGAUUGCUGCUCUGUAUAACUACUGGAGUGUGUUGGUGCUUUUUUAUUUAUAUAGCUAUGUAAUGGAUGAAUGGAUUAGUGAUGUUUUUACAAUUAAAUGUAUUUUAGUUUCCUUACAGUAUAUUUAACUUUUUCUUUGGGCUGAUGGCCCUCCAUCCCAUGAGAGUUUAAAAUGGGGUAAUGAUAAUAUAUGUAUGUAUAUUUGUUCAUAAUUAUCAGGUUCUUUUAUAGAACAAAUGUAUAUACAGUACAAAAAAUAUUACCAUACAUAAAGAGUUGUGUAUUAAAAAAUUUAGUACUUUUUAAGACAUUUACAUAAAUUUUAUAUUAAAUUUUCAAAUACAUCAGCA